UACUUGGUUCUCGACUUGUUCGUCACUUGUUUAUAUUUCCCCAAAAAAGUUAUAUAAUAUAACAUUAGAGGUCAUAUAAUUAUGCAAUGAUAAGGUAAUAUGCCUUUUAUCUUCGUUCGAUUGGGCUUUUUAAUCAGGAUAACUUUUAUUCUGCACAAGCGAUAAGACGUUUAUUUGCAGAGAAAAGCCUAGAAAAGCGUUUUAGAUGUCGGUAAUCGUAAAGGAGGAUGUUCGGGGUGCGUCAUACUUAGUAAAUGAUUAAUAAAUUAAGCCAAUACAACCAUACGCAACUUCAAAAAUAGCGCUACACAUAAUUAGUCCCAAAUUUAUUUGAAAUCUUUCAAGUCUUUUUUUAAAUCGAAAGAAAGAGAGCGUUUUCUAAGUUUUUUCAUUUAGUAUUCACACACAAUCUCGUUUGCGGAUCUCUCUUUUGUAACAGAUUACAACAGUUAGCAAUGUUUGUUUUGUUUAUUAUAAAAACAACAUAAACAUACGACAACAAGCUGUUUACCUUAUGCUGUUUCAAUCCAAACCAGUAGCAAAUAAAAGCUGGGAAUGUUGUUCAAAUUAUUACUAGUGCUGAUGGCUUUCUGUUGCUUAGGAGGUAGACCAAGCCGUUGAAGUUGUUUUGGAAAUGAUGGAAGAAAUGAGAGUCGAAGCAAAUGAGGAUGGUGUGAAAGAAAAUGAAGAGGAGGGCAAAUGGCGAGAAUUUUACACUUCAUCAACGUUACAUGGUUUUCGUUAUUUAUUUGAAGAAACAGGCUACAAGCGAAUUCUUUGGAUCAUCAUCUUUUGCGCAGCCAUUGUUGGCUCGUGUUAUUUGUUUUUUGGUGUCAUUGAAGAUUUCUCCAAGUUGAAAACUAUCACCAUGACAAAGGAGUUGUUUACAGAGAAACCUGUGGAAUUUCCAACACUUACAUUUUGCAGUUUCAAUCCCGAGACUAAAGCAAAAAUCGCUUCUCAUCAAAACUCCGAUGAUAUUUGGAGUACUUACGAGCAAAUAUUGUCGAGUGCGAAACACGAAAAGUUUUCCAAGCAUCAAAAGCAUCCUAAAAAUAAUUUCACAGAAAAAUUGGAAAAAAUACUGAGGAUUUUAAAUGUGACCACUUUGGGAGAACUGUCAGAAAAACUCCAAAUUAAUUUUCAUGACAUGCUACAUGAUACAACAGCUAAAAAAAUAUUUGAAGCCUCCUCUUCAUGUUAUUUUGAAGGUGAACCCUGCAACUCCACAUCGUUUCGUAAAGUACUAACCGAGCACUUUGGUCUGUGUUAUGAAUUCAAUUACUUCGUUCCUGGAAAGCCACCAAAAACAACAAGCAAAGUCGGUUAUGGUCUAAAACUUUUCGCUAACAUACAUGCUGAUAGAGUGGCAUGGGAUCGUCAUUUGUUUAAUGGGAUAGCUGUUCUGAUCCACCCAUAUGGAACUCCUGCCACCUCCCAUUAUUCCAUAAAAGCCAUGUUACCAGUAGGCACAUCCAACUCAAUUGGUCUCAGCACAUCACAUCUAACACUUCUUCCACCGCCUUACGAAAGCAGGUGUGGAUCGAAAAACUACACGUUUAUCAAGAACACAUACCCAUACAGUAAAGCAAUGUGCGAGCUUGAUUGCACGGCCAAAAAAAUUAACGACAGUGUUGGUUGCCUUAGUUACUCCUUCGAAGCCUUAGUCGAUAAGAAACACUUUUGCAAACCUGACCAGUAUUUAAACAUCAGCAAAGAAAUUUACUAUUUUGCUGAAUAUCAAGAAAGGUGCAGACAAGAUUGCCCGUAUGAAUGUUCAUUUACGAGAUAUGAAAUGACUAGCUCAGAAUCUAUCCAGCUUGGAACGAAGGCCUUUUUUUCCAAAGUUGCACGCAAAACAAACAAAUCUCUUUCAGAAGCAGAAGAAUACGUCAGAUCUAACAUUAUUAGACUGGGUAUUAAAUUUUCAAAGACAUCCACGACGGAGCAGUCAGUUGUUCCCACGGUGACGUCAGUAACUAUGUUAGGUAGUAUCGGUGGAAAUUUUGGUUUGUGUUUAGGAUUCAGCUUCCUAACUUUCUUCGAAUUUCUAUUUUAUUUUCUGGAUGUUUGCAUUAAAAGAAAAUGGUACCGCAAGAAGUGUAGAAAAAGUAACGGCGACGAAGAAAAAAGUUAAAUAAUUUUUUAUGAAAACCAAAAGCAAACAGUACGACGAACAACCAGUAUGAAUGGGUUGGCUUUAAUUCCACCUGUUGUAUGUGUGGUGGCAAACCAAGCAAAGCUUGCUGAAAGAUAUAUUUUGAAUAUGUCGUAGAUUUUGUCGUUCUUAUUUUUUAAUAUCUUAAAAACUGCUUUACCAACACGUCGAUUUCAAUGUUUUCUUUUUGUUAGACUUAUUUACAACCUCGUUCCCAGAUCUUAAGAACGUGGGAAAAUUAUUUUCUUAAGGCGACGGUAACACAUCUGAAAUCCAAAUUUUUUUUCACAUUGUAAAGGUAAUUUUCACACUAUAAAUAUGCAUAUUUUUUCUGUUAUAA